UAUCGUGUGCCGUAGAGCGGUGCGCGGUCCAGAGUGCGGUCGAGUGCUCGUAACGGGUGGUUUACGGUGUGAUCUCGCGAGGAUUAUCGGGGGUUAGAGCGCGGCUCGGCGAUACGUUUGUCGACUCGGGGUGCUAACGCGAGAGGCGAGAUUACCGUGCCGCUUCCGAAUCGUACGAGACCGCACAAAUGGUGCGACUGCCGCGUAACGCAUAUGCCAGGCUGUUGAGAUCUUGCGAGAAGGUCUCCUAAGGGGAGCACCUUUGACAAGACAGUUCCGUGCGGGCGCCGCGAAAACGCGAAGCGCUCCUAGCCGGCGUUCCUAGCCGGACCCAGAAUGGCGGAGAAUCAGGGCAACUCGUCGGGCCAGACCGGCCAAGGUUCCGCCAGGUCUUUCAACUUUCCACGAAUGGAUUUUCGAACAAACAAUGACGUUCAGAACGAGAUGUCAGAGAGGCGAAGACAGUUGAAACUUAGUUUCCAAACGCAAGGCAAUAAUUUAUCAUUUGCCAAUUCCACAAAUUCCUCAUUGUCGAAUUCAACAGGAGCCACGGCAUGUCCAUCAAUAUCCUCCCGCCCAAGUCUGCCUUUAUCUCUACCUAAGCUGCCAGUCAGACCUCGCACGAUGUUACAGCAGCAAGAAUUUAUUCCCGAUAAGGCAAGAGACAAACUACGAAUGUGCCAGUCUAUGCAGACUACUGGUAAAUUGCAAUUAUCUACAGACGUAAUAUACGAUUUCACAAGCGAAGAUCUUCAAGAUCUUGGAGAAAUAGGAAGAGGAGGAUUUGGAACUGUAAAUAAAAUGAUUCAUAGGAUAAGCAAUACCGUUAUGGCUGUGAAAAGAAUUCGCUCUACUGUGGACGAAAGAGAACAAAAGCAACUGUUAAUGGAUUUAGAAGUUGUGAUGAAAUCGAAUGAAUGCCCGUGUAUUGUGCAAUUUUAUGGGGCGUUAUUUAAAGAGGGAGAUUGUUGGAUUUGCAUGGAACUUAUGGACACGUCAUUAGAUAAGUUUUACAAGUUCAUUUAUGAGAGAUUAAACGAGAGGAUACCGGAAUGUAUUCUAGGCAAAAUAACAGUAGCCACUGUGAAAGCACUGAAUUACCUCAAAGAAAAGUUAAGAAUAAUUCACAGGGAUGUGAAACCUAGUAAUAUUUUAUUGGAUCGUCGAGGUAAUAUAAAAUUAUGUGACUUUGGUAUAUCUGGCCAGCUUGUGGACUCAAUCGCGAGAACUCGGGACGCUGGUUGUAGGCCAUAUAUGGCUCCGGAAAGGAUAGACCCACAACGCGCACGAGGCUAUGACGUGCGAAGCGAUGUAUGGUCAUUAGGUAUUACGCUGAUGGAGGUUGCUACAGGGUAUUUUCCAUACCCAAAGUGGAACUCUGUCUUUGAACAACUUUAUCAAGUAGUGCAAGGUGAUCCGCCACGACUAUCUCCCAAUGAAAACGGCAAUCACUUUACUAUGGACUUUGUGAACUUUGUGAAUACAUGCUUAAUUAAAGAGGAGACGCAGCGACCCAAGUACAAUAAAUUGCUGGAACAUCCGUUCAUCAGACGAGCUGAGGAAGCGACGAUCGACGUCGCGGCAUACAUCAGUGGUGUUCUGGACAAUAUGGCUAAUAACGGAGUGACACCGUUCACUACCAAUCAACCAUAAAAAUUGUGAAAUGGUAGGGCAGCAGCACAGCAUGUCAUACGUCACAGUACCUCGGGGUUUUUGCAGUCUUCUUCAAACUUUCACCCUCUAAAUACCAUCUAUGAAUGGUAUUAUCGCACUCCCAACGAUCUAGCGUAGACAGCGAAACUGACGAUAAUUUUCGUCAUCGGCUCACUUAGAAUUUGUAUUCUUGUGGAAUAUGACCGUAUACGCAAUAGAGCGAGCAGUGAGAUGUGCGUCAGCGGGCUGGCCGCGAAAUAUCAAACGAUUGGUACGCGCGUGUACAUCUUUUUCUCCUCUCGUUCCGUCAUCUUCUCUUGCCUCUGUCUCGUUCAAUACAAUCCUAGAUAUACGUCGCGCUCCCACAGGAUUCUCCGGUUCGUGUAAUUCUUACAACAGCGCGACUUGUCCAAUAAAUUUCCAGCAGAUCAUACAUAUGCGUAUGCACAUAUGUACACAGAUAUAUAUCUGUAUCUGUAAAAUGGAUCGUAAUUUAUGGUACAAAUAGAAAAGAAAUGAUUCUUUGUGUAAAUGUAAAUUUAAAGUACAUGUAACAUUCUUGCACAUCCAAAGUACUACUUCCGAGAAAACCAGAUUUAACUUUAAUUUGUCAAGUAUCUCCUUAUUGUUAUUCCCAUUUGUACUGUAUUUGUAAAUAUUGACUAUUUAUUUUUUACAUUUAUUAAUUCUGCUUGAAUUUCAUUCGCAUCGCGAAUUACAGUAUAAUCGAAAUAAUGUAUAGAGAGACGUUGUUUAUUGGAAACUCGUGAUGGCAAUGUUUCUGUCACAAAAUUUUACAAAGAACAAUUUCCCAGAACUGCCAGUUAUUAUCGAAAUAAACGAAUAUGUAUUUGACAAUCUUACAAAUUUGAUUUUUUUUUUUGAAACAUCUUGUUAAAAUAUAUUAUUUUCUUCGAUUUACUUUUACAUAAAUGAUUUAUUCUCUCUUUGAUUGCGUCAUGAAUUACAGUCCAUUUUGUAUAUACGCAUAAUUAUAUCUUGCCCAAAAUCUUGAUUUCCGCGAUCUUUUGUAAAAAGCGUUAUAAGAAUAUUUGGUGAAUUAGUCGCCAAGAUGGUACCGAGAAUAUCCGUAUUGGUCGUUUUUGAUGAUUUUCAUAGGAUCACAGAUUUAAAUACGAGUAUCAAAUGUUAGGAGUGCUGUAAUGUAAUCAUACAGGAAAUAAAUCAUUGACACUCGCA